UGGCCGACUGCAGCGCCAUCGGCAGUAUUGCCAUUCGUAUCGUGACAAGUAGUUAAGAAGCAACGCAGCAACAUGGGCGCUUCGUUGUGGUCAAAGAAACUCAGCAAGGCUCUUAUGCUGAUCAUACUAGCAGAGAUGGUGUCAGUAGAAUCCCUUCAUGCAGUUGACUAUGGAUCCGUCAACAUCAGACUGAAAUGCUUCGCGGAACCCAACACUGCAAGGCGGGCGGCAUAUACAUGGAGGGAUUAUAAGGCAGCGGAUUUCAACAUGGAUGAUUUGUCCUGGAGCUGUUCCCCUGAGCCAUACGUUAGCCUGGUGUUGCACAUGGCAUCAACUCAACCCGGUGGUCUUCGUCCGUUGACAAAAAAGGUGACUGUGAAGGACGAGCAUUGGCAUGUCAAGUGCUGCACUGGAGAGCCAAUUCUACGCUUGGCAAAGUUACAGGAAGUGCUGGAUUCGUCCAUAAUUUUCCGAUCGCCCGAAGAGGGACAACGCUGCUGGAUUUUCGGCAAGAGUGAAGAAGGAAACAAAUCAAAAUGUGCAGCAUUCGAGGACGGAAAGGUAUCUUAUGUGGAUUGUGAGACGGCUAUGAGCUGCUGCUGCAUCGCUUCAUACAGCUGGUGGUGACCUAUCUGCCCUGAAGAUGGGUUGGAGCCGAGGCACUUCCCUCAUCUAUGACUCAAAUUCAUUUAUAUGCUUAUCUUUUCAUGUCCAGUUGCAAAUGUAAAUCUUCAAGUGUUCCAAAAGGAAACUGUAAAAAAAAAUUAAUUUAAGUCACGAAUGCGUUCAUACUAAACUUAAACGUCCACUUGUUUCCAAAAGGUCUCUUUUGGUGUCUGUCCACAACAUUCUAUUGUUAAACAUCUGCCUGAGUCUAACAUAUUUCCUUUAUUUGGUGCAAGCUUAUAUGUCUGCUGUACCAUUAGGUGAGAUGUGUUUACAUGUGUUGAUUAACAAAUCCUGAUGACAGCGUGCUGGAGACUCAUAUUUAAACAAAUAAA